CCAAUAUUGUGCUUUACUAUGAUUAUCAUCGACCCUAUCGAGCUCGAGAAGAAGGAUACUGCGACAGUGGGCAAUGCGGCCUUAGUUGACGAUGCGCCGCCGCCCUAUGAUGGUGUGAGGGCUGCUCGGCCAGCGCCGCCCCCCGUUCACCCACACCGUUCUGCGGCAGCACCCGCGCCCGAGCCUGUACGCACCUCCAGCGCCGUCUUCCAGCCCACCAACAAGCAGCUCGUCAAUGAUCUCUCCAUUUUCUCGAAACACGAUGCCAUCUCCGGUACCUACCUCGUCGACCCUCUCCUCCCACCUGUGUCUGUCAAAGGCUCUAACGGGAACCGCCAGAAGAUCUCCGAAUGCGGACGCCGCCUCGACCGCAAGCACGCGCGCAAUGCCCGCCGUGCGUUCGGCGCCGUCCCCAACUCAGACUCGGGGCCAGGCUGUGAAGGCAAGCAUAGGAAGCAGCGCCAGUCAGAGAUAAACGCCGCGUUCAGGACGCGGCACGGCAACAUCAAGCUCGAGCUCGCCGUCGUAGACUCGAGCGCACAGUCCGCCGGCACAGGCAAGGACAAGGAGAAGAAGGCGCACGGGCGCGUGAUGGUCUCCAGCCGGCACGGCAGGCUCGACUUGAACCUCGUCGAAGUGCAGCCUACUCGCUCGGUAGACCUCGACGUAUCCACGCGCUCGGGCAACAUCACCGUCUUCCUCCCCGCGUCCUUCGCCGGGCCCAUCGCCUUCCGCCGGCAGGGCGGAUCCAGCGGGAUCCAGCUCCUCCCCGCGCUCGCCGCGCGCGCACGCAUCACGCGCGGCACCGACCGCGAGAUGCUCGUCGUUAUCUCCCCCGACAUAGCUCCAGAUGCGGCCCCGCUCCCGGCGCACGAGGGGGACGACUGCUGCGUCAUCGGCUCCCGCCACGGUAAGAUCACCGUCGGCAUCAACGGCGUAGACCAGCUGCCCGCCGGGACUCUGGGCCGCGGCUUAUUCCCACAUCUCGAGGCACUGAUCGAGUCAGGCGCGAAACAUCUCGGAACGAUAGUAGAAGCAAGAGCGAAGGGCUUCGAGUCCUGGGUUGAGGCAAACGCUAAAGCUUUAGAGACUGCGUUAACGGCGCGGGCUUAGCAGUUGCCGUUCAGUCCGUUGUCGAGGGUUGAACGUUGAGGAUGGGUGUAUAACGUCGAACCGUCAGUGUUGUUCACAUGCUGUACUGGAUGUAACGUUGUACUGUGUGUUGACAAGUGUGUGUGAUACUACGUGCUAUGAGUUUUAUGUAUUGUUAGCUCUGAGUUGUCAUUUUCCAAACAACCUUGUGCAUCCUGGCGAGCAACCCAA